GUUUGGGAAUUAGAGUUUUUGGCUGGAUUAGGAAAGUAUAAAUUAUGAACGACCAAACAAGGUAGUAAAAAGAUCCUUCCUGUAUUCUCUGUGUUUGGCUUUGGAUCAUCUUCCAUGGCAGUUACGGUUGAGGUUAAAGAAGUGGGUUGUGACAGGAAGAAGAAGCGGAAGAGAUUACAAUCUAAGACAAUGCCUUUUGAUCAGAAAGUGGAGGUAGUGCACGACAGCAUUGGGUCUUCAAGGGCGGUGGACGUUCAAGAACCUGGUUCUGAGAAAGGGAGAGUGCGCAACGAAAGAAGGUUUCUUGACGACGAAGUUGGGGUAAGGAGUGUGGAAGAAUCCCUCGUUUCUGCAACUGUCAUUGGUAGUUGUGACUAUGGAAGGAAGAGUGACUGGACGCGUUUUGAUGCUGACAUACUUCAUGGGACUGAGUCCUGCUCUAAUGCAAUCGCUGAAUAUGCACUCAGUUCUGCUGGGUAUAGGAGACCUCCAAAUGCAUUAACGGAGAAUGUUAGGAAGCUCCUUUCACAUCUGGGCUGGAAAAUUGAGUUCAUGAAUAAAGAUAUGCCUAGAUUUCGUUACACCUCUCCUCAAGGGAAGACUUACCAAUCUCUUCGUCAGGUUUGUCUGGAUUUGGGAGGACCUGCAAUGAGAGCUGAUUGUCAAAUUUCCCAGGAUGAGCAGAGGACUUUGUGUAGUUCACAUGAUGAUGUGAAAAAAUCUCAAGUGAGUGAGCAGGAGAAGACAGACCCUUGUCGUGAUGAUGAUCUGGUUGAUAUUGAUCGUGAAUAUUGCCCACAUGCUGUAAUAAACUACUAUUCGCUUGGAUUGGACAAGAAAGAUUAUAGAAGGAAGGAUAGUGUUACCUCGAAUUUGAUAGCUAAGGCAAAGAAACAUCUCUCAUUCAUGGGGUGGCUGUUUUGGUAUGCAUAUAAGAAAGGGAAGCGGGAAUUGCGCUAUUGUUCGCCAAAAGGAAGGUGUUAUUAUUCCCUUCGGACAGCCUGCAAGGCCUGCAUGGAUGAAGGUGGAGCUUCUGAAGAUACUUCUACAUGUAGCCCUAUGAAAAUCAUGAACGUCAGUGAGGAAUCUGAGGUCCAGGAAUUCGUUCCUCCCAUGAUUGAUAUGAGAAUGCAGAAAAACUUGGUACAACAAAAUGUAGAGACUGAAAAGCGGGCUGUAAAGUCUUCCAACAGAUCACAAUUUAAAAGCAGAAGAAUGAAGAGACAUGAUGGACUCCAAUGUGUUGUAUCUAAUUCUCUUCAACAUUAUGCACAAAUCAAUGGAGCUUUGGUGAAAUUAAAUAAUCUAGAUGGUAAUUAUCCGACUCCUGCUUUGCAAUCAAGAAAAAGUGCUCAUCAGGUGCCAAUUCCUGAUUCAUCAAACAACUCUCAAACUAUACUUUCUCAGUUGAUAGACAACAAUGUGGUGCUGUGUAGGGCAAAGGUACAUUACAGUAGUCAAAAGGACCAUCAUCCAAUGCCAGAAGGGAAGAUAGCUCGUGAUGGGAUUAAAAAUAGCUGUUGCCAAGAGGUGUUUAGUCCUAGAGGGUUUGAAGCUCAUGCUGGCAGUUCUUUCCACCAAUCAGAUGCCAAUAUUUUCUUGGAAGAUGAAGGAUCUCUGUUGGAAGGCCAGAGGCAAAUGGUACAUCGUAUUACUGGGAAAAGCUUCACAAAAGAAUCAAGUCAUGGGAAGAAGAGCAAUGGGGAUCAAUGUAACAAUGACGACAUCUGUUCUGUUUGUCACUAUGGCGGUGAUUUAGUCCUCUGUGAUCAGUGUCCAUCCUGCUUCCAUCAGAGUUGCCUUGGUUUGAAGGAACUUCCUGAGGGAGAUUGGUUCUGUCCAUCCUGCUGUUGUAGAAUUUGUGGCGAAAACAGAUUUGAUGAAUAUAGUGAAGAAGAUAAUUUUAAAUUCAGUUGUCAUCAAUGCGAGCUUCAAUAUCAUGUAGGUUGCCUAAGGAAACAGAGGCAUGUUAAGUUGGAAACCUAUCCUGAUGGAACUAGGUUUUGCAGUACACAAUGUGAAAAGAUAUUUUUGGGCCUCCUGAAGCUUUUAGGAAAACCAAUUCCAGUGGGUGUGGAUAAUCUAACUUGGACUUUGCUGAAACCUACAAUAAGUGAAUGGUUUGAUAUGGAUGUCCCUGACAACAAGGCCUUGACAGAAGUUUACAGCAAGCUCAAUAUUGCUCUCAAUGUCAUGCAUGAAUGUUUUGAGCCUAUUAAAGAACCUCAUACAGGGAGAGAUCUGGUUGAAGAUGUUAUUUUCUGUAGAGGGUCAGAUCUCAAACGUUUGAACUUCCGAGGAUUCUAUAUUGUGCUGCUGGAGAGAAACGAUGAGCUGAUUAGUGUUGCUACUAUUAGGGUCCAUGGAGAAAAGGUGGCAGAAGUACCACUUGUUGGUACCCGAUCUCAAUAUCGUCGACUUGGAAUGUGUCGGAUUUUGAUAAAUGAAAUUGAAAAGAAGCUCGUGGAAUUAGGAGUGGAGAGGCUGACAUUACCUGCUGCUCCUAGUGUGCUAGAUACAUGGGUUACUUCAUUUGGUUUUUCCAAGAUGACAGAUUCUGAGAGACUAACGUUUCUGGAUUACACUUUCCUGGAUUUCCAGGAUACAGUCAUGUGCCAGAAAUUGUUAAUGAAGAUCCCUUCAACAAAAUCAAGCCAAUCUACAGGACCCUGGUCAAAGCAUAAUACUGAGUUUGAUAGGCAUAGUGCUGAGUCUGAAGUUCUUCAAGCAGAACAAGUUGAGGAGUCUGCAAUUGUAGCUGAAGGAAUAACAGAUACUACUUCAGGAAAUGGCAUUGAUGGCAGCAAAAGCAUGGCUUCCCUUACAACCGAAGUGACUGAUUUUGAAUGGAGACAACGCCUUGAUGAAGACAUGUUAGAGUUAUUGCUUAAGGAUGAUAAUCAUAAUGAAAACAGUUUAGAGGGCUUGCUUAAGGAUGACGAUCAUGAUGAAUGCAGUUUAGAGGGUUUGCUUAAGGAUGGCAAUCAUGAUGAAAACAUUUUAGAGUGCUUGCUUAAGGAUGAUGACAAUCAUAAGGCGAGCAGAGACGAUGGUGAUGGCUAUUACAGGUGCUACAAGAGAAGAAGAAUAUCAGCCUAUGACAGCUGAUCUCAUUCCAUAUGAAUUAACCUGCCAGGACCUAACUUUUGGGUACAGAGAUCUGUAGAUUGUUUCUUUGUAAAUGAUGGAGCUUCUAUUUAAUGUAUAGGCGGAAGAAGAGGUGAUAGGUACAUAUGCAUAUAUGGCUCAUUUUGAGGAUCUGUUUUGGAUUAGAACUUGGAGUAAAAGUGAUGCUGCGUAUAUUUACUGCAAGAA